GUGUCAAAAAGGUCAAACUACGGGUUGUAUGUUGAUUAUCGAAUAAAAAAAAUUGUUUAUCAAUUGCGGAGAAGCAAAAGGAAAUUAAAUAUGAUAAGAACAUAAACCUGCUCCAAUAGAUAAGGACGUAUCGGUCACAAAUUACCAACAUAAACAUAUAAUAAAAAACCGGAGCCUGAAUCAUGCGAUUUCGCAACUUCAUAUCGUCGUUUAGGACUAGAAGGGCUAGAAGACCACUUACUGACUCUGUAAGCUUUGAAAACUUUUGCAAUGAAACUGCCACAGGCCGUUGUACAGCUCCAAAGCUUAAGGAAUCUUCUUUAAACAGCUCGUUUGAAAUUUCACCCGCUAAAAUAGAUGCCUACAACUAUAAAAGGUUUGCUAGGGAACCUGAAACCUUGGAAAUUGAAGGCACAUCUUCCCGUCCAAACCUAGCCACUAUUUUACUAUUCAUAAUUCUUUCGGCUGUGUUUCUGAUCCUUCCAAUAAUUUAUUUACUAAAUUGUUUUGAUAUCAUUUAUGAGCAUCAUAAUCUAAAGCACAACCCUAUUGUGCAACCAAAUGGAGAACGCUAUUAUCCUAGUGAAGAGCUUCAUAAGCUCUUAAAUGAUAUACAAAAAGAGCAUCAACGUAAAAUUGCUCUACCAUCUCCACCCAAGCCAGAUUAUGGAGAAUGUAAAUUGUUAAAAGAUGAUGAAAAAUUUGACUGUUAUCCUGAAGAAGGGGCUAAUCAGGAUGGGUGUGAAGCUAGGGGCUGCUGCUGGAUACCUGCUAAAACCAAGCCCAAGAGAUACAAGAGUAUUGCCCUAGAUGUUCCUUACUGCUAUUACCCACCAAACUAUGAGACAUACAAAUUUUUAAAUGUGACCCAAACAGCUUUUGGCUUAGUUGGAUUCCUCAAGAGAAAUUACAAGAGUGCUUAUCCAAAUGAUGUGGAAAUUAUUAAGUUAAUAGUGAAGUAUGAGACUGAGAAUCGCCUACACCUUAAGAUUGUGGAUCCUAUAAACCCAAGAUAUGAGCCUUCUUAUCCUGAGGUACCUCUGGUAGACAGGGCAGCCCAAAACUUAAACUAUAUUUUUGAAAUUGACACUUUCAAGCCAGGAUUUAAAGUGGUUAGAAAAACUGACAAUGUUGUGAUAUUUGAUUCAAAUAAUUUCUUAAAUUUCAUCUACUCCAAUCAGUUUUUACAAAUCAGUAGCAAACUGCCAUCUAAAUACAUUUACGGGAUUGGAGAUCAUACAUCGAAUUUACUCCUAAAUACUCAAUGGAACAGAUUUACACUUUGGAAUCAUGAUUUGCCACCAAUGCCUGAUAAAAACCUUUAUGGUUCCCAUCCAUUUUAUUUAAUGAUAGAAAACUCUACAUCUAGCCACGGGGUGUUUCUUCUUAAUAGUAAUGCCAUGGAUGUAAUUUUACAACCGACUCCUGCCAUAACGUUUCGCACAAUAGGUGGAAUCAUAGAUUUAUACUUUUUUAUGGGCCCCACUCCAAGUGACGUAAUAGACCAAUACACUGACUUAAUUGGGCGGCCAUACAUGCCGCCAUAUUGGUCUCUAGGUUAUCACUUGUGUAGAUUUGGCUACAAAAGCUUAAAUCAAACCAAGGAAAUCAUGGAGAAUAAUCUUAAAGCAGGAAUAUUCCUUGAUACACAGUGGAACGAUUUGGACUAUAUGAACAACAGCAAUGAUUUCACGUAUGAUAAAGAAAAUUACGAUGGACUACCGAGGUUCGUUAAUGAGUUACAUGAAAGGGGCAUGCACUAUGUGCCUCUUGUCGAUCCUGGGGUGAGUGCUGGAGAAAAGCUGGGUAGUUAUCCACCAUAUGAUGUCGGAAUUAAGAUGGAUAUUUUUGUGAAGAAUGCUAGCGGACAACCAUUUAUUGGAAAGGUGUGGAACUCCCAUUCAACAGUCUGGCCCGAUUUCACCCAUCCGACCACAGUAGACUACUGGACUCAAAUGCUCAAGUCCUUCCAUAAUCAAGUGGCUUUUGACGGGGCGUGGAUCGACAUGAACGAACCAUCCAAUUUUUUAUCGGGAUCUUUUAGCGGAUGCCCCAAAUCUAACCUCGAGAGCCCCCCGUAUCUGCCUGCCGUAGAUGGGGGAGUUUUAAACUAUAAAACCAUGUGUAUGAGCGCCAAACAUUAUGCCGGUUUACAUUACGAUGUCCAUAACGUUUACGGGUUAACUGAAGCCAUAAUUACCAGUUUUGCUUUAGCAGAAAUUAGAGGUAAACGCCCCCUGGUAAUUUCCAGGGCCUCUUUUAGCGGUUUAGGUCACUAUGCCGGACAUUGGAGUGGAGAUGUUUUCUCGACUUGGGAUGGACUUAAGCAAAGCAUUCCCCAUCUGUUAAGCUUCUCGUUGUAUGGGAUACCACUAAUGGGCGCGGACAUAUGCGGUUUUAAUGGUAACACCACGGUAGCGCUGUGCAACAGAUGGCAGCAGCUUGGAGCUUUUUAUCCCUUUUCGAGAAAUCACAACACCGACGAUGGGAUACCUCAAGAUCCGGCUUCAAUGGGUGACCUUGUGGUGACCUCUACUAAAAACGCUUAUGCUGUUAGAUACGCCUUGUUGCCGUACCUGUAUACGUUGUUCUUUAGGGCUCACGUUUUUGGUGAAACUGUCGCCAGACCCCUCUAUUUUGAAUUCUAUAAAGACCAAGAAACAUAUGGGAUUGACAAAGAGUUCUUAUGGGGAGGAGGGCUUUUAAUUGUUCCCGUUUUAGAGGAAGGUGCAACCUCUGUGUUGGCAUACCUCCCAGAAUCCAUAUGGUACGACUAUUACAGCAAAUAUUUCAUAGAAAGCAAGGGCGAGUAUACGAACCUUUCCGCACCUUUGGAUACCAUUCCGAUUUUUAUAAGGGGUGGUAAUAUUUUACCCGCGCAACAGCCCAAACAAACCACAACGGAAAGUAGAAAAACGAAAAUUCAGUUGUUGGUCGCUCCCGAUGCGAAUGGGGAAGCUUUCGGGGAAUUGUUUUGGGACGACGGUGAUUCUUUGAAUACCAUUGAGGAGAAGCGCUAUACGCUGAUAAACUUUAGCUUGGAAAAUGGGACUUUAAGGUCUGAAAAUGGUAAUUGGGCAGAGGAAUAUCCACCUAACUUGGGAUCAGUUAUUAUUAUGGGUAUUAAGCAGUCUGUUAGUCAAGUUGAUGUUAAUACUGCCUCUGUACCUUUCAAAUAUGAUACAGUGCAUAAGUUUUUAACCAUUGACAAUCUGAAUGUGUCUUUCGAACAUCCAGUGGUCAUCAGUUGGAAGUAAGAAACUAAAAAAGGAGUUUUUUGGAGUUUAUGCUUCAAACGAAAGUAAUUGUUACCCUCCAAUAUUAUAGCCUUGGUGUGUGUACCCCUAUGAUAAUCAUAGCUUAUAAGUUACCAAAAAUGGUGAUAAAUAAAUAUUUUGCUUAAUAACUAUUGUAGCUAUAAAACUAAGCCAAAUGUUAUAGUGCCAGAUAUAGUAAAAUAAUUUUGUAUUAAUUUGAGACAUAUAUAUAUAUUUUUAAAUUCUGUGAUACGUUUCUAAACUCUCUAAAUUUUGAUGUUCUGACACUGUUAAGUUAAGAUUUAAAGGCUGAUUUGAUUUUUGUUUGUGCCAACAAAAUUUAAGCUCAUUUUAGUAAUAGCUCUUAGUAACUUUAAGGAAUACGUUAAUGUCAUCUAGAAUAUAAGUAUAUUUAGGUAAAUGGAUGUUCCUGAUCUCCUAAUUGCACUUUUUUGCAACACUUUGCACCAUUUCGUCCAAACUAGAUGUUCCAUUUUUGACAAAUUUUAGAUUUUCAACGUUGUACUUUAGAUUAUAGGGCGAAUGUUUUAAGAAAUCAUGUGAUAUUUUGAAAAAUGGUUACCCUCGAUGCUUGUACUUAAAUUUAAAUAUUACUAUGUAUGCUUUUGACUUACAUAACUUUAUAUACAGAUCAUAGGCAUCUUUACCUCAAUUUAACUAAACUUAAAUCUCUUAAAAGGUCUCCACAAUCUCUUUAGUGGAGGUAAUUUGUUGUAGUAGACUAAAUUUUAGAAAAUAUAUGUAAUAUUUCAGUCA